AUGUUGUUGUUGUUGUUGUUGUUAGCUGAUUGUGUAGAAAUAAUACUACGAUAUGUUGAGUACUAUUGUGUUAUUUUAAUUGGUACAAAUCAGUUCCGGAAAAAGAUUGGUUCCGGUACGAGACGGAGAGAGAGGGAAAGAGAUUUGGCAUUAUGUUUUAGUACUACUUAUUUGUUUUAUUACCGUAGGUUAAUUGUAUUCUAUGAUUUUGAUACCAAAAGAAUUGAUUCAAUAAUUUUGUCCUUUCAACCUUUAUCUUGCUUCAUGUUAUGGCUUGUCUUGAGACACUUUUUCUUUCAUUAG